AUGAGCAGUACGAGUAAGAAGCCUGCUUCGAGUUCGAGCGACAAUUUUAACAAAUCCAACGACGACGGAAAAGAUCGCGAUGAUCAGAUGUUCGAGUGUAAUAUUUGCUUAGAUACUGCUAAAGAUGCUGUUAUCAGUAUGUGUGGGCAUUUAUUCUGCUGGCCUUGUUUACAUCAAUGGCUAGAAACCAGACCGAAUAAGAAACUAUGUCCUGUUUGUAAAUCCGGUAUCAGUAAAGAUAAAGUGAUACCUUUGUACGGUCGAGGUAGUACAAAUCAGGAAGAUCCCAGAAACAAAGUCCCACCCCGACCACCAGGUCAAAGAGCAGAAGCUGAAACUAACACCGGGUUCCCAGGAUUCGGUUUCGUGGACGGUUCGUUUCAUUUAUCUUUCGGUAUCGGAGCAUUCCCAUUCAAUCUGUUCAUCUCCGCUUUCAAUACAACAAAUUCGCACAAUCCGCAAGCAGCUGGUGAUAUCAACGAGGAAGAUGAGGCGUUUUUAACAAGAAUGAUGGUGUUCGUCGCCUUGUUCUUGGUAACUUGGCUCGUGUACGCUUAAGACAGACAUAUUCGGUCAAAAAAUCUCACAUACACAAACAGCGCAUUCUCUUCGUUCCCAUUUUCUCUCAUUAUCGUCGUAUUUAGCUUUUAUUCGCUACUUUUUUGUGUUUAAAAAGAAAAAAAAAUGUAAAAUAGUAUACGAGGUGGGGCUUUUAAAUCGAAUACCUUGGUAAGGUAAUUUACACGCGUUU